GGCAGCCCUCCAAGUAGUCAUAGCAACGGACAGGUAGCGAAUAAUGGUGUAGGUCUCUUUGCUUUACCCCCAAGCAAGAUCAACACUUUAGAACGACAACGGCAGUUAGCGGAAGAAAAGGAACGUAAAGAAAUGGAAAAAUUCAUCAAAUUGAAUAACGCACCCUACAAAUCCACUGACAUUAAUUUAUUUGGUGUAAAUAUUCCUAGUCGAGUGAACACUCUAGAAAGACAGAGGCAAAGCCGGGCGAGUACAUUAGAGCGACAACUACAACGAGCAUCAUCCAGGUCAUCGAGAGUCGACCUGUCCAAAUUAAGUCCGAAAGUUCAGCAUGAAACAGAUAAACUAGCCAAUGACACCGAGGUUACAACUUCAAAAGAAGUUGGUUCAAAUUUUGGUCCAGAUAUUUCGCAACUAACAGAUGCAAUCGUCAAACUUACCGAGGCUGUUCCUAAUGAUGAGAACAAAAUCGAACCAAAGGUCGAGCCAAAACAAAAAGAACAAAGAAAAUUUCCAAGACUUAAUUUCUCGGCAUCUAAAUCAAAGAACAAAAACAAGAAGAUUGAAAAAAGUAAUGAAGUAGAUUCCAAAGAGAGUGAUAGCGAAAAUGAACUUGAUGGUAACAAUCCACCGAAAAUAAUAGUACAGGCGCCAACUAAACCCGACUCCCCAAACGUCAUCACAAACGAGAAAAGGUCGGUACCAAGAAGCACAAGACGCUACGUAAAUCCUUAUAAAGACCCCUCGCCAGACCACAUAAUACCAACAGAAGACUCAUCUCCCGAAUCAUAUUCCGCUAAAGCCCCGACAAUAACACCAAAGACCAGUCUUAGACAAAACACAGCAGCCAGUGAUAAUAAAACUGAUCCCAUCUAUGCCAAACCCAAGACACAACCUGCGACAGUCCCCUUUCAGAAAACACCCCGUAUAAUUCCACAACCGAUAAAGGAAAACAAUCCAAUCAAAACAAGUGAGCCCAAAAUCAAACCACAAACUGAAUCGAAACCCACAACGAAAGUAUAUAAUCAAGUGCCACUAUCAAAAUCGGAAUUGCCGGACACAAAUGAUAAACAUAUUCCGAAUUCCAGAAAGCCAAAUUCAAACUAUGAACCAUCACUAUAUGGAAAAAAUACAAAUAGGACUGACCCCAAACCUAAGGAAAAGGAAAGUCCCAUCCAAGAAGUCGACAUACUUUAUCCAAAAAGAUCUCCAAUUUCACCCAGCAAUAAGUAUCCUUCUCGUCAACCCACAAACCCGUAUGCAACAUACACAAGCCCUUAUUCUAACCCAGGAAGAAGACCGUAUGUCAUGAAUAAAAGUCCGUUAAACUCUUCUCCUCAGAACCCAUAUACAAACCAAAAGAGUCCAAAUUCGAAUCCAAAUCAAAGAGUCCCAUACUCGUCUUCGUCCCUUCCCUAUCCGAGACAAGACAGGAACCCAGGGGGUCCGUACACACCAAAUCGAACGGGCACAUACGAUAAGCCGUCCGUCGAUAAGCCAUAUUACGACAGCCGUAAGAUGGAUAGUAUUGACUCUGCUUUUCCACCCACUGACGACUAUACAGAAGGGUCAGUGUCUGAGGAAGACGAUCCUGUGUUCUACCCACGUGAAUUCAAUGCUAAUUACAUGGGACAUUAUUAAAACAAUUUCAGAGAACAGUUCAUGAUAACUCAAGGUGAUUUGACAACCCAGAAUUCAUUCUCUUGACUGUCGUGAACCAAUUUGGUAACAUACGAGAUAAUUACUAUUAUGAUAAUCUCGCAACUAAUGCCUGGGUCACAUAUUCUCCAAUCCAUCGGCCGGCGCCCGGCAGAUUGAGUGUUUUG